AUGAGGACUCGGCAGCGUCGGUCUCUUCGCCUACCUAGAGACACCCCUUCCAGUUACCCCUCCAUUGACUACACCAAGAAUGGAUUUUCUCCAUUUCCUCUCCGCCUGCUGCCGGCAAAGUUGGAAGGCCGCAUGCACACUUAUUACCCACUGCUUGGUACUUUUGCGUUUCGCCGACUCGCGCGACUCAGCUCCAACUCCCUCCUACAACCAACUGUUGUUGCCAGUGUCAUCUCUUGUCACAUUUCCUACCCGUAUCUCGCUUCACUUGCUGCGCCCUGCUUCCUUUUCUCUUCGUCACCGCUCCUCGACCGCCCUACCACCCCGCCGCUCGCGACCGGUCCUGAGCCCAUCAACAGCAACGCGAGAUGCAAAAAAACUAUGUCUUCGUUGACGAGCAUAACCGCCACAAGCGCCUCAAAGGCAUGUGCCCAGAUCCAACCUGCUUGCCGCCGCCACCUCGCCUCCACUAACCUGUCAAUAGUGAUGCGCGCCUGCGAAGGAUGCCGACGGCGAAAGAUCAAAUGCGACGCCGCCACCACAAACUCGUGGCCCUGCUCCGCAUGUAUCCGCCUGAAACUUCACUGUGUCCGACCAAACGGCUUCGACAGCGCCGGCGACCCAACCACCUACGAGGCUUUCGUCACCCCAGACCAGUUUCACCAGAUGACCAUACAAAUGCCCCCCCAGCAUCAUCAGAAACCCCUGGAAAUGUAUCCUCAAAUGUCUAGCUAUGCCGAGAACUCUACUGGCUUCUACACCAUUCCGUACGACCCUUCGCAAGCUCAGCAUGACAUAAACUAUACAACUGUCCCACCUCCCGCGAUGCUUGACCCGAUUUCAUACGCACAGCAAAACACCUUCCAAGCCCAUGCCAUCAACCAGCCUGGCCAACCCGGAGCCUCCCCGGAGUCCUAUACCACUGAUUCUUACCAGCAGCAAGAUCUGGCCGAUCUUCUCGGAACUCUCAAGUUAGAUGAGCUCGGUACUGCCCCAUAUCUACGAAACAAAGCCUCUUUUCGACGCGGCGAGGAACCUGCCGUCGAGGACGAUGAUGACUACGGCGGGCUUCCGCCGAUUCUCUCUGGCUCAGGCUCCAAAAUCCGCAUACCCCCGGAGCUCAUGCCUGAUGAGGAAACUGCCCUGCACUAUUUUGAACUCUACUUUACGCACGUGCAUCCUUACGUCCCAGUACUACACAAGCCGCACAUCUAUCAUCAAUGGCGGCAUGCUCGCGAUACCAUUUCGCCCCUCAUCCUUGAAGCCAUAUUUGCUAUUGGUGGCCGACUCGCCGAAGAACCCGCCAUGGGCCAACAGUGGCUCGGCCUCGCCUCUCGUCACGCCGACGCAUUUAUGGACACGCCACGCCUGAGCACGCUUCAGGCUCUCCUCAUGAUACUCAAAGCCCGAGAGGGCGCCCCCAAACGCGGCUACUUUUUCCGAUCUUGGAUGACGGUCGUGCAAUGCGUUCAGAUGGCCAAAGAUCUUGGUCUUGAUGAGCAUUUCGACGAUCACGAAGACGGUAUCGAUUGCGAGCAUAACCCUACCGACUGCCAUUUGCGCACCCGCAUUUGGUUAACAGUUUUUGCUUGUGAGGUCAUGGUUGGAACGCCUCAAGGUCGUCACGACCUUUCUGUCAAUAUGGACUCUGUGGAUUUCACCAUUCCAAAACGCAUGCCUGGUGUCGAUGAAACAGAGUAUCAAGUCUCGAGAAACUUCGUCUACUUUGUCCGCAUCGUUCGCAAUAUCCGGACGAUGAGCAGCACAUACGCCAGACUACGGAAGCGCAAAGAUUGGGGAAUCGACCCCGAAUUUCAAGAACUCAACAAGACCAUUACCUCAUAUGUUAGCGAUCUUCCCGCCGAUCUGGCCAUCUCCUUCCCAUCAGACAACUCGCCCCCCUGGCUGCCCAACAGCUUUAUCGGCAACCUGCACAGCUACCACUACCUUGUCAUCAUACUUUACAAUCGACCCCAACUCUCGUUUCUUGACCCCAAUAUCAACCAUGUUGCGUGGAAGCAGCAUAUGCUACAGAGCUACAACGCUGCCAAGGCUAUUUGUAGAUUACAAGAAGCCAUCAUCAGCAACUUUGGCCUCUCUGGCCUCCAGUGCAUGCAGCGUGGUUUCUCCUUUACCGUCUAUGCUGGUUUGUCAUGCAUAGUCAUUCACCUUGUCGCCAUUGUUUCCCCUGACCCAGAACUCAACUCGAAUGCUAGGGAAUUCUUCACCAGGCAUAUGCGCAUCAUGGAACAAGUGAUGGAGGUGUGGCCGAUGCCCGAGCUGCAGACCCAAAUCGACACUGUCCGUGAGGCCUUUUCCGCAGAUACUCGCAGGGCCGGUGCCUACUUAGGCAAUUCUGGGCGCAGUGGCUCCUUGGAUCAACACCUCGAUGCACACAGCAGCCUUCGCUACGUCAACAACCCUAUUACACCGCCAAUUUCAAGCGAUUAUAUGGGUAGCAAGAACGAAUCGCCCACUAUCCAAGCCCUCGAGCUAAUCCCGCAGGCGGGGACCUCGGUGCCUACCAUGCCGCCUAACAUGGGACUUGUUGAACAUGUGGCGUGGAACCCGUCGCGUAUCUUUGAGCAAUGGAAUAAUACAUUUGCGGUAGAGCCACCUCAACCCAACAACAAUACGACGGUUGGCCUGUCACCUGGCGGCUCAGACGUCACCACUGGCAUGUCUGAGACGCACACGGCCACGUCGGGCAUUGCUGCAAGCACCCAAAAUACCUCACCUCCACCUUUUGUGCCAAAUAUGACCAACUUCAUCACUCCUGCCAUGUGGCAGGAGUCUGUUGCUAGCGUGUACGAGGGUGGCCUCAAGCGUGCCUGGGACCACCAAUAA